AUGUCGUGGGACGGUUACACAGCUUCAAUGAUUGGUGCAGGCAAAGGCCAUGGUGGAAUCAUUCUUGCUACUAAUGGAGCAAUCAUGUCACAAGUUGGCUUGACAAUCCAACAAGCAGAAGCAACGACUAUUGCAAAUGCGAUCAUGUCUGGAAAUAUCGCAGACUUCCAAUCAAAGGGACUUCACAUUGGUGGUGUCAAAUACACAGUUACAAGAGCUGACAAAGAUGAGGGAACUGUCUUUGGAAAGGCUGGUGCUGCUGGUGUUUCUAUUUACAAGGGAAUCAAAGUCAUUUUGAUUGGAUACUUCAAAGACGCAUCUGUAUCUGCUGGACAGAACUCAGACGCAGUCUACAAACUCAAAGAUUACAUGGGACAAUCCGGCUAUUAA